GGGAAAAAUUUCCACCGUCUCAGGCGCAAGACCUAAAUUUAGCCGGUUUUACGAGAGGUCUGGCAGGCGGCCGGGAGCCUUAACGAGGCUUUAUAAAGCUCGUCAAGCUGCCCCCCCUCGAAAUAACCGCUCCCGCUUUGCCGGGAGGAGGAGGACGAGGAAGGGGGCUUUGCUCUUCCUCCCCGGCGGGAGCUGGGGGUCAGAGGUGGGGGGGUUACACAGUGGAUGACCGUGAAAUCCUCGGCUGCUUUCCCAUCGGAGCACAGCUUUCAUCGCUCAGCGUCGCCCGCUGGCACCAUGGAGCUUUUUGGGAGCUUCGUCCGGCCCCGCGGCGAGACUUUGGGGUUCCCAGCAGCUCGGCCUGGCAACACCGGCGCUGUGAAGACCUUGGGCAACACCUAUCAGUUCACAGUGGACGUCAGUGACUUCGCCCCCGAGGACAUCAUCGUCACCACCUCCAACAACCAGAUCGAGGUGCAUGCCGAGAAGCUGGCCGCGGACGGCACCGUCAUGAACACCUUCACCCACAAAUGCCAGCUCCCCGAAGACGUGGACCCCACGUCGGUGUCGUCCUCGCUGGGGGACGAUGGCACGUUGACCAUCCGGGCUCAGCGACAGCCCGCCAAGCACACCGACCACGUCCAGCAAACCUUCCGGACUGAGAUCAAGAUCUGAGGGCUCCGGGGUCCCUUUUUUCCCCUGCUUCUCCUUGUUAAUUAUUUGGGUAAUUAGGGAAGGAGGUGGGAUGUGGGGUAGGGGAUGGGAACGCUCCCCCUGCAAGGUGCAACCUGUGGCAGGGGGUCGGCGUGGAGAGACGCAUCCUGUCACCCACCGGAGAAGCUCCGGAGGGGAGUCCUGGCUCUGGUGAUUUUUAGCCAGAGAGGGUUGAUGGGGAAGAUCCAGCGUGCCAAGAGCCCCACCAGGAGCGAGGUUCCCUUCCCCAACCUUCUGCCAGAGCUUGUCUCUGUAUAUACAGCUUGUGAUGAUAAAUUAUUGAGAACGCCUGA